AUGACACACAGUAGGGACUCAGUAAGUGUUUGUUGAAAAAAAGAAUAGACUAUUUUGGCCUUUUUAGAGCAAAUUCUAAAUUUUGUUUAUUUUUUUCCCAGCUUUAUUGAGAUGUAAUUGACAUAUAACACUGUGUAAGUUAAAGGUGUAAUAACAUGAUGAUUUGCUGAAUUUUAAAUAGUAACUCAAAAGUAGACACGAGUUUCUCUGUGUUUACCUUAAUAAUGAUGAAAAAAUGCAUUUUUCGAACAUGAAAAGUAUUUUCUUGUUGUGAGAGAAAACUUUUCAGUGCCUUCAGUUCAAUAUUGGGCUUUGGAAUUUGCCUUCCAUCUGGAUAACACAGUUGAUAUACAACCAGAACCCAGUGGAUAGAAACAUGGAUGAAAAAAUCCCAAACCAGACAAAGCGGGUAUUUAUUCCCCACCUGUGAGUACCCCUGCCUCACUCAGUGGAAUAGCUUAUCUCUUUUGAAAGGAAAAGAUACUACUUAUGUAUAGAGCAUACAUAUUUAUAUAUCAGGUGCCAUUUUACCAACAUUUAAUCCUCAUACUGACCUUGAUACGCUAAGCAUUGUUAUUCUCCUUUCAGAGAAGAAGAAAUUGAGACUCAGAGAGGUUAAGUAAGAGAGCCAGCCAGUGGGAGAGCCAUGAGUCAACAGCCCAAAGAUGGUUCCCCUCUCACCAGGCCAGGCUGCCUCAGGGCUUUCUGGAUGUCCUCUCCUCAUGUCCCUGUUCCUUGUUUGUGUGGGGUUUGGAUCCUUUCUCAUGUGAGUAUGUCUGGUUCAGCCCUCGACCGGGCAAACAGAAACACGAGUCUCCGACAGUGUUCUGAGCAAAUAUGUCAAGUCACGUCAGUUCCAGACUGAGGUAACUGAGCUGUACUUUGCCCUAGUGAAUCAGCUCCCUGGAGGCCGGGCGGUUGCAAAGGUAACUGCCAGGCUGUAGAUCUGAGGGCCAGGUAAGUCUUGGUAGAUGUGGCACUCGGACUUUGACAGUCUCCAAGAGGAGAGGAGACACUCUUGGGCCAGGUUCCGGAGCUGUGCCGAAGGAAGGUGGGGAGCCGUCAGAGCAGGAAGAUAAAAUAACUAUACGACUGACUCAAAACACGAGAGAAAUUCUGAGAGUCAAGGAUGGAACCUUGGGUCCCCCAGUGGCCACCUCGGCCCCGGGGGUGGCCCACAGCACCGUCAAAGGAUCCAGACCGAGGGCUUUGGAGAGAUGGAUAUCAUCGGCCUGUUCCUCGCUCUUGGCACGAUGGAGAGAGGUUCCAGCAAUGGCAAGACAUCCGCCAGAGCCCCCAGCCACAGCAGGACCCCAGGGCAGACCACCAGCAGCCUCCUUAUGCAUCCAGGCCUGGCGAGUGGCAUCAGCCUGGGUCUGGGGUUGACUAUUAUGAAGGUUAUUAUCCCAGUCAGGUGUAUUCAAGGCCAGGCAUCGAGGAUCCAUAUCAGAGCUAUCAUUCUCCAACCCCAAGGGAAGAAUAUGCUUAUGCAAGUUAUUAUUACCAUGGAUAUCCACGGCAGCUACAGGAAGAAAGAGGGUGCAGUGCCAAGGCAAGGGAGUCCUUAUAUCUGGCAUGAGGAUUAUCAAGAUCAAAAGUACCUCAAUGAACAUCAUCAUGAAACCCAGAAUAAUCUGUUUGGAACAAACAGUGAGACCCGGUUCCAAUCUCAGAGUCGGAACUCUUAUAAAGACAGUCCUGCUUCUAACUCUGGACAGGAGAGGCCUGGGGACCUGCUUCCAGAAAGUCUGCUAACUGGGGCCCAGAAGAAUAAGUCAUCACUGACCGACGAGUCCAACCUUCUCCGGCAGCACGAGUCUGGUCUCAGCUCCAGCAGCUAUGAGCUCAGUCAGUACAUGGCAGAUGCCUCUGAGCCGUAUGACCGCAUGGCUUCAGCAGCUUGGAGUCCCAUUCAGGCUGAGGAAGUCUCGGCAGCUGGUCCCAAGGCACCCAUGAAGUUCUAUGUCCCUCAUGUGCCUGUGAGUUUUGGACCAGGAGGUCAGCUGGUGUGUGUGAGUCCCAGCUCUCCCCGUGAUGGACAAACGGCCCUUGUUGAACUGCACAGCAUGGAGAUUAUUCUAAAUGAUUCUGAGGAACAAGAAGAGAUGAGGACUUUCUCAGGACCCCUGAUCAGGGAAGACGUACACAAGGUGGAUAUCAUGACGUUUUGCCAGCAGAAAGCAGCUCAGAGCUGCAGAACUGACACACUGGGGAGCAGAGACUCGGCUCUGCUGUGGCGGCUGUUGGUUCUUCUUUGUCGGCAGAAUGGGUCCAUGGUGGGGUCUGACAUUGCGGAGCUGCUGAUGCAAGACUGCAAGAAGCUGGAGAAGUACAAGAGGCAGCCCGCUGUGGCCAACCUCAUCAACCUGACCGAUGAGGACUGGCCGGUGCUGAGCUCGGGGAGCCGGAACCUGCUCACCGGGGAGAUUCCCCCCAGCGUGGAGACGCCUGCGCAGAUCGUGGAGAAGUUCACUAAGCUGCUGUACUAUGGAAGGAAGAAGGAAGCCUUGGAGUGGGCCAUGAAGAACCAUUUGUGGGGCCACGCUUUGUUCCUGGCCAGCAAGAUGGACGCAAGGACCUACAGCUGGGUUAUGAAUGGUUUCACCAGCACGCUGGCGCUCAACGACCCGCUGCAGACCCUUUUCCAGCUCAUGUCGGGGAGGAUCCCACAAGCGGCCACGUGUUGUGGGGACAAACAGUGGGGAGACUGGAGGCCUCACUUGGCUGUGAUUCUGUCAAAUCAGGGUGGGGACCCGGAGCUGCAUCAGCGCACGAUUGUCACCAUGGGAGACACCCUGGCUGGGAAGGGGCUGGUGGAGGCAGCUCACUUCUGCUACCUCAUGGCUCACGUGCCCUUCGGCCACUACACCGUGAAGACAGACCCUCUGGCCUUGCUGGGCAGUAGUCACAGUCAAGAGUUUUUGAAAUUUGCAACAACUGAGGCUAUCCAGAGGACGGAAAUCUUCGAGUACUGUCAGAUGCUGGGCCGCCCCAAAGCCUUCAUCCCUUCUUUCCAGGUGUAUAAGCUCCUUUAUGCUUCCCGUCUGGCAGAUUACGGCCUUGCGUCCCAGGCCUUGCAUUACUGCGAAGCUGUUGGCACGGCCCUCCUUAGCCAGGGAGCGAGCAGUCACCCUGUGCUAUUAGUGGAACUCAUCAAGCUAGCAGAGAAAUUGAAGCUGUCAGAUCCUCUGGUUCUGGAGCGACGUCGUGGAAGCACGGACCUGGAGCCAGACUGGCUAGUGCACCUUCGGAGGCGGCUCAAGGAGCUGGAGCCAGGAGAUGCUGGGGAUCCUUGUUCUGCUCACUCAGCUACUUUGGGAGCCACAGGAACAACAGAAAACACUUUCUACCAGGAUCUUUCGGGACUUCAAGGCCACUCAGAAGCCCUUGGGGACUGCUCGGCCCUGGGGCCAACACCGGAGCAGACGGGCCCAGCCUGGUCCAGCCCACAGCUGCACUUUCCCCUCCAGCCCAGCUCCUAUCCAGCAGGAGGAGGUUCUGGGCAGAUGGCAGUCCCAGUGCCUCUGUACUCAGUUCUCGAGACCGGUCUGCCAGGACCUGGUGGCAGCGAGGCAGUGACAGGGGCUCCUGGAAGAAGGGCCUGGGAGGAAACCCAGCAGAUUCACCUACCCUCUGGAGAGAACACAGUGUCUCAAGAAACCUUCCAGCAGCCUGAUGAUCAAAAGGGCAUUUCCAAACCACAGGCACCACUGAUUCCCAGAGCACGAAAUAUUUCCGAGAGUUCCACCAUUUCAUUCAAGGAGGAUGAGGAGGAGUCCUCCAAUGAGGCAGAUAAAAAAUCUUCCCAAAAUACUGCACACAGCGAAAAGCCAGGAGACGUGAAAGGGAACACGAAGAGCUCAGGGUUUGGCUGGUUCAGCUGGUUUCGCUCGAAGCCCACCAGCGUCGUGUCCCCCUCUGGAGACGAAGACUCAUCUGACAGUCCCGACUCGGAGGAGACCCCCAGAGCAUCUUCUCCUCCCCAGGCUAGCCCGGGCCUCUCAUUGACACCUCUCCCAGGGCCCCAGUCUCUGCUGGGCACCAGCGCCUUCUCCAGGGGCACAGGUGAGGGUGAGGUCCGAGGAUCAGCGUCCAGUGGGGGAACAGCCGAGGCCACUGGGAGUGGAGGCUUGUCUGGGCCUGAGGGUGUCUCCUCUGAGCUCUGCUUCAACCCUGGGCUUCUACCUCCCUCGCCUGCCUUGAAAGGGGCUGUUCCUCUCUACAACCCAUCUCAGGUCCCCCAGCUCCCCACAGCUACCAGCCUGAACCGGCCGAAUCGCCUAGCUCAGCGCCGCUAUCCAACCCAGCCGUGAGGAGAACGGCCACCUGUCCCAGGCUGGUCUCCCUGAGGCACAACUUUAAUGUUGCUCUCCUUUCCUAACCUCCCAGCCCCUCUGCCAUACUGGGGCCCCCAAGAGGGUGGUGCUAGCCUAUUGCCUCCCCUGGGCAUGGAGAAGGCAAGGGGACAGGGUCUCCCAGUACACAGCUCAGGCCAGUCUCCUAAGAUUAGCUUCAGAACCACGGAAGGUACUUCAUCAGAUGGAAAAGCUGAGUAUAGCAGCAGCCUGGGGGUGAGCAGAAUGCCAUGGCGGCAGCUUUUGGGUGGUGGCUUCCGAUCCUCAGGAAAGUCAGAGCCUACGAAUACCACUGCUGGGAUCAACGAUGACACCGCUGGGCUCUGCCGCAGGAAAUUAUUGAGGGGGAGGCGCUUAGAGCAAUAUUCUAAAUGAACUUUGCCUCCUCCCUCAGUCUUAGUUAUAGACUGAUUCACGGCUCUAGUUAGCAAAGUUUUUAUCCUGAAACUUGGUUGGCACAUCCUGUCAUCAUUCUCUCUCCAGUGACAUUUCAGCAGUUUCCCUCUUGGUCCCAGUUUUGUGCACAUUUUUUAUGUGGUUCAGAUUAAUUAUAUUUCUCUCACUUUCUUAGCUGGUCCUAUUUUUUCACAUUCUGGCAACUGGCUAUCAAGUUAGAUUGCUGUAGGCAUCAUAUCGUCAUGGUAACUACUGAACCUAAUGAUGCAGAUGGAUGGAACAUCAGUAUAAUAAACGAUGGAAAAUGUUUCCUAAAAAUUCACUCCUUCCAGAAGAGAGGAGGAAUAAGUGCCUGAUAUUGUUAAUACCUCCCUUUCUACCUCAGGCCUUUGCAAAUUGAUGUUCGGAGGGUCACUGGAGCCAGAGGGAGGGGGGAGACCUCUUGGAAAUUUCCAUUUCUCCUUUCAAACCCAAAAUAGGAAUGACUCUUGCUGUUUGUCAGAUUUGCUGAAAAUUGCUCCUCACAAAGAACAUUUUUUUGCAUGUGUAAUUGUACAUACAGGUUUUGUACUCUAAUGUACUACGGUUCUGAUGUCAAUGGUGAUUAAACCAGAUAAUUUUAUAGCAAAGGCUUGUCUCUGGCUGGUUUUUUGCAGAGGGAGAGGACAGAGUGAGUGUGUUCUGAAGUCUUUCUGGAAAUGGUUCCAUUGUGUGAUAAGGAGCGAAUGGCUGGAAAGAGCCCUUUGUUAACAAAGAAUCUAGGGACCGGUCUCUUAACUUGCAAGUCUGUUCUAAUGUCGUUUUUUCAAUUAAAAAAAAUACGGACAAAAGCUCCUCUGAUGCAAAUUAGUCAUUCCAUUAACUAAACCGUGCCUAUUGUGUUCUCUAAAGAGUUUAUUCAUCUCUCAGAUUAAAUUAGGAAAUGUAGGCAUAAGUAUUUUGCACUUAGAAGGCCCUCAGGAAAGGCUUCCUUAACAGACUGCUACUCCUUGGGAUGUUAUGCUGACACCCAGUGGUGGCACUGUGGCAGUAGGAUGUGAGUUUUGUAGGAACCAAGCUGUUUAGACUUGAAUCCUGGCUCAUCCACAGUUCACCUUGCAGCGUUGGGCAAGGUGACCUAACUGUCCUGUGCUUCAGUCCUGCUAUGUAUAAAAUGAGAUGAUAAUUACAAUCAUACCUACCACGUAGGGAGCUUCCAAGAAUUAGGUGAGUCAAGGGCUUAGAAAAGUUCCUGGUACGUGCUGAGCACUCUAAGCAUUUAUUAUUAGUAUACAAUCUACUGAGUAAACUCUUGACUGUCUUGUUGCCCACCAGAUUAAACUGUGGACCCUU